GCAAAGCCCUGCCCCCCGCUCCCACAACUAUCCGACCAUGUCCCCCAAGAAGGACGCCGGCCCCUCGUUGUCGGCGGCGCCCGCCAGCGCCCCUGCCCCCGCUGUCGCCCCGAAGCCCUCCGCUUUCAUGCCCAUGGGCCAGAUGCGGCGCGACGAGUGCUUUGACCUCCUCAAGCUGCUCUCCGGCGUCUCACGCCCGCUCGAGGACGUCGUGGCGGACUUCCUCGCCCGCGUCCCGCCCGAGCGCCGCCUCCGCUUUGGUUCCGCCAUCGCCUUUGUCCUCGAGGACAAGAUGAUGUUUCAACCAGCUGAGCGUUUAAUCGCAUUUGCAAUUCUUCAUCAAGGUUAUUCCUCACAGUUGGCAACUCCGUUUGCUUCAGUGUUAAUAAAUGCUGCAUGUGAUGAAACCUCAGAGAGAUCAGAACAGGCAUUUCUCCACCUUUUGUUAAGUUCAGCUAACAGGGACAAUAAUGAGAUCUUGAAGCAGUCUGCUGCAGAUUACUUGAAGGAGUCUUUUUAUGCAUCUCAGGUGCUACUGCCAAAAGAGCAGCUUGAAAGGCAAUACUCCUGCAAUGCUGUACAACCCAAGAUGCAUACUAGCAGCUGUACAGCUGCUACAGUUAGAUGUGUUGUUCCUGAUCCAGAUAUUUCUCAAAGGUGCGGCGAUUCAUCAGAGGUAUCACCAGCCAAACCAAAUAGAGAUAAUGUGGUUGCGGAUUUACUUCAAGAAACAGCACAUAAAGGAUUGUCUCCUCCAUGGAUAAGACCCCCGCCCCCCAGACUUGAAAUACUUGAAGGGGAGUUACAGUGGUUGAACCUGGAUAACAAGCAUGAGCUACUAUGGGAUGGUAGCAUGUGUGCUGACACUAGCCGAGGAGCUGCAAUCCGAGAUUUGGUUGGAAGAGCCUGUAAAGGUCCACUUGCACCUGCACAACAGGAGCAAGUUGUGCUAGAUUUAGCGAAAGACUGGAAGCUAGUUUAUCACUGUGCGAUGACACCAGAGAAGCUCCCUGACCUUGUUGAACAUAAUCCACUCAUUGCUGUUGAUGUUCUGUCAAAGUUGAUCAACUCUCCAGACAUCGAUUCUUACUUUGAUAUUCUUGUGAGCAUGGAAAUGAGCCUACAUUCAAUGGAGGUUGUAAACAGGCUUACUACAGCGGUAGAUCUACCGCCUGGAUUCAUUCAGGACUACAUCUCAAACUGCAUCCGGUCAUGUCAAAAUAUUAAGGAUAAGUACAUGCAAAACAGACUAGUGAGACUAGUUUGUGUUUUUCUACAGAGUCUUAUUCGAAACAAGAUAAUAAAUGUUGAGGAUCUCUUCAUUGAGGUACAAGCAUUCUGCAUCACGUUCUCCCGAAUAAGAGAAGCAGCUGGUCUUUUCAGGCUUCUCAAAUCUUUAGAGUGAAGACAGUUGUAUGCUUUAUCGGAGUUCAGCUCUCUAAACAAAUUUUCCACUCUGUGCAUUCAUAGUUUAUAUUUUCCUGUAAAAAUGCUAAUUCCAGUUAGGGUUGUGCUGGUUAGAUCAUAGCUCUUCUUGAUGUAUUAGUUGCCGUUAGGCUGUCCACUCACGUAAAAGGGAAAAGGAAAAAUACCCCAGAAUUAUUACCCAGUUUUCUUUGAUUGUGCCCGUUCUCAGUGUGGGCUAAACUAUCUUCUUUAGGUGAGACAGGUUAACUAACUGUAGCGUGUUAAAGAAUAGGGGAGCACUAAGCAGCCAGCUGAAUGAGCGCCUGCUGCUCAUCCUGUCUCAGUGUAUCCCUCUUUGGUUUUACAAGCUAAAAAAAGAAGAUAUUCAAGCAAUAGUGGACAAAGUGAUUAAGUGAAUUGGUCGGUGGAAAGGAAACCUACUCUCGUAUGAGGGUAAAUUUUCUAGGAUAAUCUUCAUGGGAAGCAUAAAUACCACCUUUGCCAAUUGGAACCUGGUUGUGAGAAGAAGAUUGUCAAGCAGCUAAAAUUGGAUACACCUAGCAGAUAGCUAAUGGAAACCUGUCCUCGUCAGAGGACAAAAUGGCUUUGGGAUCUUACUGUUGCCAACUUUUCUGGGACUUCUUUUCUUUCAAUGAGAAACAUAUUGCCAUUGUGGAUACCUGGGUAAAUUAAAGUAUGAACUCAUGGAACGAAUUACUUUCAAUUGCUAUGCAAAUUUCUCUAUGUUA